CAUCGAACUUGUUAAAUUUAGCCCACCAUCCAACUUCGUAUUGGCUUCCUCCUAUCUGGAGCGUGAUCAUCAUAUCACGUUCCUCACGAGAUUUCCUCUCAUCCCAAUCUUCAGCUUUUUUGCCUUCCUCUCCUCCAACCACGAUCAUCUCUCUGUUUGUUAGCUGCUCACUGUACGAUUCCGAAUUCCAUUCUUCUUCUUGUUUUUUUUUUUUUUUUUUGCCCCUUUUCCUUCUACAGAUUUACCAUUCAUUCUCUCAGUAUUGGACAUUGAAAAUCAAAAGCAGCCAUUCAUAGAUUUUCAACAAUACAACCCAGAAAUCCAGUCCAAUGGGGUUUGAGAAUCAAGCAAGUUCAUCGUCCUACUCUUUGCCACCAUACCCUCGAGAAGAUACUCCUCUUCUCACGAAAUCGCCUCCUCUUUCCACCAACUUCAAGACCUUCGCCAACAUCUUCAUCGCCAUUGUAGGUGCUGGAGUCCUUGGUCUGCCCUAUUGCUUCAAGCGAACGGGAUGGGUCACGGGCUUACUCAUGAUCUUCGCCGUUGCCUUUCUCACCUAUCACUGUAUGAUGCUCCUGGUCUACACUCGCCGUAAGCUCGAAUCGAUCACUGGUUUCUCCAAAAUCAACUCCUUCGGCGAUCUAGGCUUCGCCAUCUGUGGUCCCAUCGGCAGAUUCUCCGUCGACGCCAUGAUCGUUCUUUCUCAAGCUGGGUUCUGCGUGAGCUACCUGAUCUUCAUUUCCAACACCCUAGCACAUCUAGUUAACCAUAGCACACAAACAUCCCCCUUUUUAAGUUUAUCCCCGAAAGUCCUAUUUCUCUGGGGUUGCUUUCCGUUUCAGUUAGGGUUGAAUUCAAUUCGAACUUUGACCCACUUGGCUCCUUUAAGCAUAAUCGCUGAUGCGGUCGAUAUAGCAGCGAAGAGUGUAGUUAUGGUGGAGGAUGUGUUUGUCUUUAUGAAGCAUAGACCCGCUUUAGAAGCAUUUGGGGGUUUCUCUGUCUUUUUCUACGGUGUUGGUGUAGCAGUCUAUGCUUUUGAAGGAAUUGGGAUGAUUUUGCCGUUGGAAUCAGAGGCUAAAGACAAAGAGAAAUUUGGAAGAGUCUUAGGUUUGGGCAUGACGGUGAUUUCUCUUCUGUUUGGAGCAUUUGGUGCUCUUGGUUACUUUGCUUUCGGGAAUGAAACCAAAGAUAUCAUCACCACCAAUCUGGGACAAGGACUAGUGAGCACUCUGGUUCAAUUAGGACUCUGUAUCAACCUGUUCUUCACUUUUCCAUUGAUGAUGAACCCUGUGUAUGAAGUUGUGGAAAGAAGGCUGUGUGAUUCUAGGUACUGCUUGUGGCUGAGGUGGUUGAUGGUGUUAGGGGUCAGCUUGGUGGCACUUUUGGUGCCAAAUUUUGCAGAUUUUCUUUCACUAGUAGGAAGCAGUGUGUGUGUUGUGCUGAGCUUUGUAUUGCCUGCAAUGUUCUAUUAUUUAGCGUUCAAGGAAGAGUUGGGUUGGAGAUCUAUGAUUUGUAAUGGUGCAAUUGUGGUUUUUGGAUUCAUUGUGGCAGUCUCAGGAACUUGGUCUUCUUUGGCGGAGAUUUUUGCGCCUAAGGCUUAAUUGGGCUGAAAACAUAUCACUUUGCAGUUUGAUAUUUAUAACUAUUAACCCACAACAGGCCGUGAAGUUGGGUUUGGAUUUACAGGAGUUUUCAGUCCUGUCCUCUUUAGAUUCUCAGCUGUUCUGUUCACAACCAAUCCAAUGGACGAUUUCCCUCAAGUCUUGUUGGGAUUCAAUUCCAUACGAGAGUUUCAGUCGUGUCUAGUCAAUGUAUUCCCAUCCCUUUAUACAAUCGAAGGGAGGGUUUCAGUGUUGUUUAGAGUCCAAACAAGUUUCAGUCUGGUCUAGUAUGAAAUCCCAGCCCUUAAUACCAUCUAAGGGAGGAUUUUAGUCUUGUCUGAGAUUCCAUACAAUUCAAAGGGAUCACAUGAGCUGGAUAGUAGAUGUUGUUGUGAACUAGUAAUUGUUGAAUCAUGAAAUAAAAGGUUGAUGAUGUCCCAAAGCCA